AAAAAAAAAAAAAACAUUGAUCCUCUCUUCUCCUUAGUUGGUUCAGCACCGAACUCACCUCCAUUAACAAAAAUUCCAAAAGAACUUCAUUCUUCCAUGAAAGCAAUAGGGAAAAUCACUUGAAGAGAAAUUGGAGUUUUGGGAAGCUUUCACCAUCCACUACAAUCUUGCAGUUUCUUACCUCAAAUAAGAUAUUGAGACUUAUGUUGAUUCAAGCUUUUCCAUUAGGCGUCAUUCAUUGGUUCAUUUUGUCGUCAUAUAAUGUAAUGUGUGGUGUUCUCUAAUGGCUCUGUUGCAUAUUGAGUUGUCUCGUAGUAGCUAUACUUAAUUUUGAUAGGCGUGAGUGAGGCCUUGUAUUGAUAGGUUUCAAAUGGUAUAGUCAUAACUAAAAGGAAUUAGAUACCAAAAAAGAACUUGAAAGGAUUUUUAAAUGGUUAACAGUUAUUAAUGAGUUGGCACUUCAUUCAUACUAUAUAUAUAACUCCCUCUGCACAUGCAAAUCAAAUCCAUCUCUCUCUCUUCUUGUGACCAAACAAUGGAGGGAGGUUCUGGUAAGAGGUUUCCUGUCAAGUUGAAGGAUCUUCUUGCUACUGGGAUUCUGGAGGGAUUGAAAGUGAGAUAUGUCAAGGGACAAAAGGCGCGUAAACCAGGAGAAAAGGAUUUACAAGGUGUGAUUAAAGAUGCCGGGAUUUUGUGCUUUUGUGGGAGUUGUAAGGGGAAUCAGGUUGUCUCGCCGAAUGUUUUUGAGUUGCAUGCUGGUAGUGCUAAUAAACGUCCUCCGGAGUAUACUUACCUUGAGAAUAGAAAACUCCUUCGGGAUGUCAUGAAUGCCUGUUCAAGUCUUCCGUUGGACACAUUGGAUAAAGUGGUCCAAAUGGUCCUGGGUGAUUUCACUAUGCAGAAUUCUAAUAUCUGUUUCAAUUGCAGAGGGUCAAUUUCUGAAUCUAACAAGGGUGAGUCAAAACUAGUAUGCAAUCCAUGCAUGGAGUUGAAAGAGACUCAAACUAGCCAACUUCAACCAAGAUCAAAAAAGAAGAGAGAAGAAGGACCUAAAACUACUUCUGCAGAAACUUCUUCCCAGAAAAGAAAAGGACGCCCUCCUGGUUCCGGUGGGGGAAGAUUCACUGAACGUAUUGUUAGUCCAAUUACUCCAGCACAAACACUCGGUUCUUCAGUGCAUGGAACAAUUGACGGGAAAUUUGAUGACGGAUAUAUAGUCACGGUGGACCUGGGUUCUGAACAGCUGAAAGGUGUCCUGUAUCAUGUUUCAAGUAAUGCAUCUAAGGAUUCUUCGAUUGGAGGUUUAUCAGAAGAAAAGGUUGAGAGAUAAAGAAAGAUAUGGGAUUGAAAUGUUGAAGUACAAAUACAAUGGUUCAGCUCUUCAAUGGACUCUUUUAUAUGGAAUCCUCAGACCUUUUUUCCUUUACUUUUAUUCUUGUUAUAGUUGAUUUUAUUUUAUUUUAUGGCGGUGAAUGAUUUUGCAAAACAUGCUGUAGCAGUUCACUUUGUUGUAGUUCUUCUUAAAUCAUGGAUCCCCUUAUUUUAUCAGUCUAAAGUUAAUCAAUGAAUGGUUGUCUUAGCACA